AUGAGGGAAGGGUGGUUGGGGGCGUGGCCGUCGGCGCAAGCAGCGGGCGGAGGCGGCGGCGACGUCAGGCGGGUAGCAGCGGGCAGAGCGCGCGCGGGCGGCGGCCUCCAGCGAGCGGCGGCGGGGAAAGCAGCAGGCAGCAACAAGCAGCAAUGGGACGGCGCGCCGACGGGCGUGCACGGGGCGCACACGCGCGGUGGCCACGGGGACAAGCGCGAGGCGCGCGAGCGCAUAGCGCCGGCAGGGGGUGUCGCGCGAGGGAGAGGAAAGGAAGCAGGGCUCACUGCGGGCGUAGGGUACGGAGCAGUGGGGCUCGUGGUGGGGGACGGGGACGACGCGUCGAAGACGAGGAAGCAGUCCGGCGAGGGUGAUGAUCCAUUCUGGAAGAGGAAACCGCAGGAUAAACCGACCAAGACAACUCGCCCCAAGACCAAGGCCACCAAGAAGCCUGCCAAGAAGAAAACCGUCGAGUCUGCCGAGAGACGAGCCAUGCUGGUGACGCAGAGGGCCCAAGCCAAAGGCAGUAAAAGGGCCAAAGUGAAUAAGCCGGCUGAAGACAGCAUUCCAACUGAUCCGGAACAAACCCCGGAACAGUCUAAUCCAAAUACUGAAGCUAUUCUUGAUGAUCCGCCACCGCAAGAUCAUGAAACAUAA